CUGGAGUAUUGCUAAACAUUUAAAUUGGGUCUGUUGUGUCCAGCAGGCCUAACUGGCUUUUGUGGAAACCUGUUUGGAGAUGACUAUGUCAAAAGAACAUUUCAAGAAUGACAUUCACACCCACAUUCUCUUAAUCCAGUCCUGUAACAAUUUGUUGUCUAAAACAGCACAAGAACUGGUAAAGAUUAUUAUAAUUGUGCACUUUGUUGAUUCACCUCUGAUAUGGACUUCGAUACAGAGGGUAUGCCGAAGAAGGGAAACAAAAGGCUUUCUUCCUAGCAGGAGCUGUAGAGUAUGAUUGGUUGUUUUGUGUUGGCAUAAAGCAAACAUGAUGAUAAGGUUAAGUGACCCAGCCCAAGUUUCCUUGUGGCUGUUUUCUGACAGGGCAGGAAGGUUCCCCACAAGGAGUGGCUUAACAGGCCCGGCACAUUAAAGCUGUUGUAGCAUAGAAAGUGAAGAAUGCUGCUUUUCUGGGAGGACGCAAGUGUCUGUCUGCCUACAUAUCCUUGUACUUCAUCCAGCACUGAAUGACAUGGAACAUAUUUGAUUGGGGUGCAGCAGUUAGCAUGUCAAAUGACUGGUGUGGAAGAAUUGAAAAUACAUUCCUAGUCCUACACCCCAGACAUACAUUGUUUCUUGGAAUCUCUGAAAAUCAACACAACAAGAAAUGGUCUUCUGGAUUAUUAUCCCUUUCACACUCUCUGCUGUCUCAUUUUUGGGGUCCUGGACAGUAUAUGCACUGGCACUAAGAAAUGGUCAUGUGUGCUCACUUAACAACUGGGAAUACAGGAACUCAUGCCAAACAAAUGAUUCUGGAUGCUGUACAACCUUUCAUGUCCCUACUAUAAGCUGGAGCGGUACUAAUGCCCCGGAAAACUCCCUUUUUUCCGCCACCAUUAACGCAGGAGCAUUCUUGUUUCUGGUGUUUUGCAUUUUUCACCAUGCUCACAUCCUGGAUAGAAACAGCAAUCAGUCUCUCCUCGCUAAAAUUUCCCUGGUCUUUGGCUGUGUGGCGUCAUGUGGAGCUUUUGUGGCAGGGAACUGCAAUCCUGCUCAGCUUAGCAUGCUGCAUUACCUGGGUGCCGCUGUGAGUUUCGUGUGCCUGUGUUUCUACUGCGUCCUCCUCACCUCGCUCACUAACAGGUGCCUUCUCACCGGACUGGAGCGCUACCUCUACCCAGCACGCAUUGUAUCUACAGUCAUCCAGGUCACAGUCACCAUCCUUUAUUGCAUAUUCUUUGCCCAAGAGGAUUACUUUUACAAACAUAUUUCUGCCAUUUUUGAGUGGACGCUCAGUGUGAACAUUGAAGCGUUUGAGCUGAGCUUUGUGGUGGAGUUCUACUUUUUCUCAUCAUCAAUGUUGACUACGCUCCUGGAGAGAAGGGGUGAAGAAAAGCCCCUCAUUUUGGCUUGAGGCCUAAUUUGGAGUACCAUUUUCCGUUAUUUAUGUUUUUUUAUUUUCCAUCACCAUGUGCACCAAAAUGGAUUACCUUUCAGACAGAAAAUCUUUGAAAUGUGAGUGUGGUAAACUUAAGACCGUUGGAUACUACUUAUUCAGGACAUAUUAACUUCAAUCGUCGGGUAUUACAAGCAUCAGAGAAACUUUUAAUUUUGUAAAAGUACACUCUGGCUCAAAUAUUUUGAGUACUGUAUCCUUGUUGGUGAUAUCAUCUUCCAAAAGGUUCUGUAGUGUCAGAUAUGGGUAGUACAUCAUUGUAACAUGCAGUGCCAUCAAAAAUAGUAAUGGUAAAUGUGUUUCCUUCACAAGUGGUCAUGACUACAAAUUACAUUUACGUUUCAAUUUGGUUGUUAGAUGAAUGUUUUGAAUCACAGGGUGAUUAUUAGCAGGACUGAAUUGGUCUCUUCUGGUUUUAAAGAACACACCAAGUAACCAGCUGAUGAAUUGUCAAGACGCACUGGUAGGACUCGGCCUCCAAUUUCUUUUAGAAAUGUUAAAAGAAAUCAGCCAUGAUGAUUCUGCUGGGCAGAGAACAAUUGUAAUUUAUUUUCCAUGUGGUAUCGCACUUUGAAAAGCAAAAUGAACAAUGUGUACUGUGAUUGCAGAUUACAUACUUUUCUAGUAGUUCUAAUAAAAAUGUUUGAAUCAGA